UCAGCACACGGACUUCCCGCUUCUCUCCAGUUUCUUUUUUUUUUUUUCCUUUUUUUUGUUUUAUUAUUUUUUGUUUUUCUUUCUUGCGAACUUCUUCAGGCGGUUUCAUUCAACUUCAAAGUUUCUUCCCAAUUCAAACUCCUUCAGAUCUUGUAAGGUUCAUCAUUCCGUUCUCGUCGAGAAAGAUUUGUUUCCGGAUGCCGGAUUCCUCGUUCUCAUCCUAGACGGCUCUUGAAUGUUGAAUCUGAAAGGUGCAGAGGGAGUGAGAAGACACUUAAUUUACUAGACUAAAAGGAAGAGAUGGCAACUUCUCCCACCACUAAAAGGGAUGAGGAACAAGGCCUGUCUAAAGAGAAAGAUGUAGGGGAAUCUACAUUGGAGACUGAACCGCCUUUGUCAGUUAGCGAGGAUAGCACUACACCAGCAGAGGAUAAAGGACGUGAUGAGAUAGCAAAGGACAAGAACGUCGAUUCGAAAUCUGAGGCUCAAGAUGAAACGGUGGAGAGGGAGAAUGUCCAAGGUGAAUUGCAUCACGAUGUGGAAAUCCAGAGGGAGAACAUCCAAGGUGAAUUGCAUCACGAGGUGGAAACCAAGCUGGAUUUCCAGUCUAAGUCUGAAUUUGAAAAGUCGGACCAGGUUAUUAGAAAUGAUGACUCUAAUGAAAAGCUAGAUGAGGAUAAGAAUGCAGAAUCUGAAUCCUCAUCAGAUGAUUCAGACAACGAGGGUGAAGGUUUAGAUUCUAAGGCUCAAACAAGAACAAACCAAACAAUUGAAGAAGUUCUUGCCGAGGAGAAAGCCCCAGAGCCAGUCUUUGAUGGGACUGAGGUUCCUGAUAUUGAAGUUAAUAGGAGUUUGUCGAAUCGUUCCACAGAUAGUGAUUCAGAGACCCAAGGUGUCGUUGACAAGGCACUGGCACUAAAAAACUUUGUUAAGGAAAAAGGAGUAGUUGCAGUCUCCAGUGUUUUACGUCGUUUUUCAGGAAAAAGGGAGGAAGAAAGUCAGGAUAGUAGUCCUAAUGAUGAGAGUAAGGAUGACUCCAGUUCCAAUAAAGAAAAUGAAGCCAAGGAAAUCCCAGAAAAACCUUCGGAAAGAUCUGCUUGGAAUCCCCUCAACUACAUUAAGAUAUCACGUGAUGCUGAUGCACAAAUCAAAACUGAGCAGGUGGAGGAAGUUUCUGGAGAACCAACCUUAGAGAUCGUAUUAAAAGGUAGAAUUGUACUGUACACACGGUUAGGUUGUCAAGAUUGCAAAGAGGCUCGACUAUUUUUGUUUUGGAAGAGACUUAGAUACGUUGAGAUCAAUAUUGAUGUUUACCCGGGUAGAAAAUUGGAGCUUGAGAAACUUGCUGGAUCUCCUGCCGUCCCAAAGGUAUUUUUUAAUGAGACCCUUAUUGGAGGCUUGAACGAACUAAAAGAAUUGGAUGAGUCUGGAAAGCUUGAUGAGAAAAUUGAGUAUCUGAAAGCUGAAGCACCAUCAUUUGAAGCCCCUUUACCACCUCUUUCUGGUGAAGAUGAUGUCUCCAGUAAUGGGACAGUUGAUGAAUUGGCUAUGGUUUUUCGAAAAAUGAAAGAAUCUAUUGUUGUUAAGGACCGGUUCUACAAAAUGCGGCGAUUCACCAACUGUUUCCUAGGCUCAGAAGCUGUGGAUUUCUUAUCAGAGGACCAAUAUUUGGAAAGGGAAGAGGCUAUUGAAUUUGGACGAAAGCUUGCAAGCAAACUUUUUUUCCAACAUGUUCUUGAAGAAAAUUUAUUUGAAGAUGGUAGCCACUUAUACCGUUUCUUGGAUGAUGAUCCUGUCGUGGCAACUCAAUGUCACAACGUUGCAAGAGGUAUAAUUGAGACGAAGCCCAAGGCCAUAUCAGAUAUUGCAUCAAGGCUGAGAUUUUUGUCCUUUGCCGUUUUUGAAGCCUAUGUAUCAGAGGAUGGAAAACAUGUAGAUUACAGAAGUAUUCAUGGGAGUGAGGAAUUUGCUAGGUAUUUGAGAAUUGUCGAAGAGCUCCAAAGAGUUGAAGUACAAAAUUUGGCACGGGAGGAGAAGCUUGCUUUCUUUAUUAACCUCUACAAUAUGAUGGCGAUCCAUGCAAUAUUGGUAUGUGGUCAUCCUGUUGGAGCGCUGGAAAGAAGGAAACUGUUCGGAGAGUUCAAAUAUGUCAUUGGAGGGGCCACAUACUCUCUUUCAGCUAUUCAAAAUGGAAUUUUGAGGGCCAAUCAGAGACCACCAUACAACCUCAUGAAACCAUUUGGUGCAAAAGAUAAACGUGCUAAAGUUUCUCUUCCGUAUGUGGAGCCUUUAAUUCAUUGUGCAUUAGUCUGUGGUACCCGAUCUGGACCUGCUCUUCGAUGCUAUUCUCCAGGGAACAUAGAUCAAGAGUUGAUGGAAGCAGCCCGAAGUUUCUUAAGAGAUGGAGGACUUGUCAUUGAUUUGAAUAACAAUGUUGCAUCAGUUAAUAUGAUUCUUAAAUGGUUUAGCACAGACUUCGGAAAGAAUGAGCAAGAAGUGAUGAAGCAUGCAUCAAACUACUUGAAACCAGAGGAUUCACAAGCAUUGCUUGAAUUGCUUGCCAGUAACCAGUUGAAGGUAUUAUAUCAAACAUACGAUUGGGGUUUGAACUGUUAAUGCUGCUUUUGCAGACUACAUAUUGUUGCCUCCAAAAAGUGUAAAAAUACUGCUUCAGUUAUACAAGAUAGGUAGCCCAAAGGUAUACCAUAUACAAGUAUUUUCUUUGGUGCUUUCGCCCUCGGGUUCAGAUCACACAUCAUGAUACAUGCAGGCUAAGGUAAUAGAUUCCCCGUCCCGCCUUUGCUAUGAUGUAAAACCAAAGCCAUAAUAGUUAUAGCAGGCGAGUGUAAUGCCAAACUUAUAUCUUGUAGAUCAAAAAAGUUCCUUGGAACAUACGUUGGUGCCUGGUUUGCUUGCUCACCAUGUAUUUGUGCGUUUGAGUGUAAUGUGCAUAUUGUAUUGAACCAAGAUACAACCAAUAUACACAAUUAUUUAUAGACAAAUUGGCUGUUCACCCUU